AUGGUUUCUCAGGCCAAGUACCGCAGAGAACUUGCACGUAUCAGGUCUCUGGCCAUACCAAAUUAUACCGAACAGGAUAACGCACUCUACGAAGCAGUAAAAAGCAAAGAGCAUGAACGUGUGCGGAAUCUUCUUGGAUUGUAUGCUCCCUAUACCAUUGAGCUUGCUGAUUCGGACGGUUGUAAGCUAUUGUAUAUUGCAGCUGCCUCUGGUUGCACCCCCAUUGUCGAGUUACUUCUCCAACAUGGGGCCAAUGUGGAGUCAUUCAACAACUUGACGAAGUGCACGGCGCUUUAUCAGGCCGUCGAAGGAGGUUGGAUAGAAGUAGCUAGGAUACUUAUUGAUGCGGGGGCCGACAUAGAGACAACCAAUGUCGAUGGAUUUACCCCAUUAUUCGCUGCCGUUAUGAAACGCGAUCUACAUCUUGCUGAACUCCUCCUAAGGCGCGGGGCAAGUAAAGCCAUUCUGCUCAACAGUGGCAAAGCAGUCGACUUGCUUGUAGAAGGAGACAAUGAAUUGAAAGAACUACUGCGCUCUCACCAGGUCCUCGAUGGGCCACCGGUGCUUGGGAAUAAACACGAUACUCUAUCUACGAAGGCAUACGAGGAGCUUCAUAUCCUGAACUCUACUGAGAGAGCCAGCAAAGUUUUUGCUUGUCAUGAGUUUGAAGUUAAUAUCGUUGACUUUUUUGUUGCUGAUCGCGAGCAAAGAGUCCAUGUUACGAAGCCGAUCUAUGAGAUCCUUUACGGAGCCACAGGCCCACAGGCGAUAAUGGAUACAUUAUAUUCUGACAAUCGUCCUCGCUUGAGAUGGUAUCAUCUCCCAGCAAACAAUAUGGAAUGGGUGGAGGCAUUGAUAGCCCGUAUACUUCAAGAUCGUGGCAUUACUUUGAGCAGUGAGUCGAGAUCUAAUCUUUCGCUAACGAAUUCUGCUCGCCGACAAUAUUGCACAACUACUGCCCAUUCUUCUUUCAUGCGGCCAAUAUGCCGUGCAUUCGAGCCACCUGUAUCAAAAUUUGGAGUGUCAUCAGAUACAUUAGCUGUUGGUGAACAAAUUAUGAUAAUCGUAAGCACAGCUGGCACAAGAUGCCUAGUUUUCAAUGACUGA